AUGAGGAGGUUCAUGCCUCCAGGAGGAGGCGGAGGGGAGCCCACUUCCUCCUCGUCGUCGGGGCAGCACGGCGACCACCAGGGCAACGAGGCUGCCGCCGCCGCCGCCGGGCUGCGGUACGGCGGAGGCGACAUCUCGCUGGGGCGCGGAGGGCACGACCUCCACCGCGCCCAGUUCCGCGGCGAGGCGGAGAUGAAGGACCAAGGCGCGGACAUGCUGUCCCGCCACAGCAGCUCGCCCGCGGGAUUCUUCUCCAACCUCAUGGUCGACGACGGGUCAGGAUUUCAUGGCGCAAGAGCCGGAGGAGGCGGCGCCGAGGCCCAUCGCAGCGCCACCGGCAGCGCGAAGAUGAAGUCCCAGCUACAUUUCGGGGCCGAUGGGCCGCCGCAGGGCACCGCCAACCUGUCACGGAUCUCCGAGGGCGCCGCCUUGUUCCCCGGCGCCGACGCCAUUCGCGCGGGCGGCGAACACGCGGUGUCGCGGUCCUUCUCGACCGGCGGCAGCACUACUGGGGGCUUCUCCAUCGUGGGGCCGUGGGACGAAUCGAGGGACAUCAUCGGCACGCUCGACCUAAGCGGGUACGAGUCUCAGUUUAGCGGCCUGGGGAGCUCGUCGUCGCUGGAGCUGGCGGGAAUGGACAAGUACAUGCAGGCGGCGCAGCAGCAGCAGGACGGAGUGGCAUUCAAGGUGCGGGCCAAGCGCGGCUGCGCGACGCACCCGAGGAGCAUCGCCGAGAGGGAGCGACGGACGCGGAUCAGCGACAAGCUCAGGAAGUUGCAGGACCUGGUGCCCAACAUGGACAAGCAAACGAGCACUUCAGACAUGUUGGACCUCGCGGUUGAGCACAUCAAGGGCCUCCAGAGCCAGCUUCAGGCUAUGAAGCAUGAACAAGAAAAAUGCACCUGCUGCAGCAAGCCUUGAGCUAUCAAUUAAGCAGGGGGCCAAGAACUGAUCAGCACAAUGCAAAGGAUUACACUUCCAAUCGAGAGAAACUAAUGUAUGCAUGGUGAUACUAUUGGUCAUCGUUCACGUGCAGCUAAGUUACAUGCAUACAUGCGUAAUUGAUGCAUGCAUGCCAAAUGCGAAAGGGAGCGUAUAGAGCUCAACGUACUGUUCCAGCUUCUUCAAGGUGGCCAACACUGGCGGCCGUUGUGAUCCUUAAUAAGUAACUAGUUAGCUAACUUGUAGUUCCAGUUCCUCUUUUUGCUUCCACAAGAAUAUUGAUUUUUUCACUUGUCAAGAUUGAGGAUUUUUGUACGGUUUCCAACUUCUACAGGUCGGCAAAAACUGGCAGCCAUUCGGAUCCA